UAUGCGCGCGCGCGUUCCGGCCUUUACAGAGUUAACUGGAAGCCGUGCUAAAGGCGGCACUCUGUGGGGGAGUUACUGCGUCUCAAGCCGCUGCUGCAGCAACAUCACAGCGCAUUCCUGAGCAGAGCCGCUAACAUCUGACUACCACAUCUCAUCUCAUCUCACUUCAUCUCAUUUCAUCAACAUCUCAUCAACAUCUCAUUUCAUGUAAAAGCCCGGCUACACGGCGGACCGACUGCACUGUAGGUUCUCCAGAACACCGCCAUCCGGUCCUCGGGCGCAAACUAUGCAUGAUCCAAACCCUGCUGAUUAAAAACCCAUCGCUCCUGCUUUGCUGAACAUGACCCACUGCUGAGUCAGGCUGUAGUGAGCACAUUACACAGUGGGGAGAAGGACAGAAAGCUGCUUUCGAUCACCCCCGUCACGUGAGGCUGGCCUCAAAAAAUGUCUGCAGAGGUGGAGUCCGGCAUGCCUCCAGCCGAGCAGGCACCCGUGAAGACGCCAUCUAAGAAAGAGAAGAAGAAGGCUUUAGCCACUUCUGAGAAAACAGAUGAGUUCCUGCUGGCCAGGUUCAAAGGUGAUGGUGUUCGGUACAAGGCCAAGCUGAUAGGAGUGGAUGAUGUGCCUGAGGCCAGAGGGGACAAAAUGAGCCAAGACUCUAUGAUGAAACUGAAGGGCAAAGCGGCAACCGCACGCUCUCAGGGCAAACACAAACAGAGAGUUUGGGUGAACAUCUCUCUCUCAGGAAUCACUAUUACAGAAGAGAAGUCAGGGGCGAUACUGAUGGAACAUGCAGUGAACAAGAUCUCUUUCAUAGCUCGCGACGUCACGGACAAUCGAGCAUUCGGCUAUGUGUGUGGUGCAGAGGGCCAGCACCAGUUCUUCGCUAUUAAAACUGCUCAGCAGGCGGAGCCUCUCGUUAUUGACCUGAAGGACCUCUUUCAGCUCAUCUUUAAUAUGAGGAAAAAAGAAGCAGAAGGUUCAAAGAAGGAAGAAACAAGCAAAAUGGUAGAGAAUGGAAGCGAUGCCUCACUAGGCAAUAGAAAAGGUGUGGAACAGCUGGACCUGUUUGGAGACAUGUCAACCCCGCCAGACAUGAACUCUCCUUCGGAACCUGAGGACAUCCUCUUGUUAGAUUUGUCCACUGAAAUAGACAGCAACCAGAACUGUGUGAAAGGCAACCCAUUUAUCAAUUCAUCUUCAACCCUCAGAGCCCAGUCCAGCCUCUCGCCUGAGAACCCCUUUUCCUCUCAGCUCAACUUCUUCCCCACCCCUAACCACGAUCCCUUCCGGGAUGAUCCCUUCUCCAAAAGUAACAACCAAACAGCCAAUCACAACUCUAACUCCCAGUCAUUUUUCAAUGGCGACCCCAAGAACGGUGACUCAGAUUACUUGGGCCAGCAAUUCGACCAGAUCUCCACCAGGACAAUGGUCCAGACACUCAGUAAUGGCCAGUGGCCACUAGAUGGCAGACCAGCAGAGACAACUGCCUGGACUCAAAAUACAAUACCAGAGAGGGAACAGAACGGCCAUAGCGGAAAAGUGACACCAGAUUUGUUUCUGGAAAAGGCUCAGAAUGGAGUCAAGCAUGAGAACGGAAGCAAGCCUGAAGCUGCUGUCAACCAAGCCAAGGAUUCUAUUAUCAUAAGCCCUCCGCCUCUUAACACAAAAGCUGGCAGAGGAAGGAGGAGUGUGAAGUCUCCAACAAAUGAAAACGUUGCUGUAGAUCCGUUCACUUCACCCACCCAGUCGGAAUCUUCAUCUCCUCCUCGACCCGACUGUACUCCAUUGAGCUCUGUUGAUUUUUUCAGCAAGAGCUCCAACGGUGCUUCAGACACCCUCGCUGGCCUUGGAGGGCUGUCACUUGGACACUCAUCUUCCUCCUCAAAUCCUGGUACAGCCACAUGGAAUGAGUCCCUCUCUCCCAUGUUCCCUGCAACUACCAAUGUCCCUAAUACUUUCACACAGCCCUCACCCUAUUCCAACACUCCAGUCCCAAAUUGGCCAGGCAACCAUGGAGUUUUUGGGACUACAUCCACUCAGCAGCUUCCUUCCUGGGGACCGAACAACACUCCUGUCUCUAAUGGAGCCUGGAGUCAGCAUUCAACUUUGGGGAACCCUUUCCAGUCCAACAUCUUUCCACCAACAUCAAGCAUGAUGUCCGGGGGACAGCAGAGCUCCAGCCCCCCUCCACUGAUCCCACCACGGUCAGGACCCGUCAAAGAACCUCCUAAGCUGGACACCGAUGCCUUUGUGGACCUGGAUCCUUUGGGGGAAAAAGAAAAGAGGGACAUCAAGGAAAUGUUUAAGGAUUUCCAAAUGGCUAAGCCGCCCAAUGCCUUGGCUAAGAAUGAACCACUAAAAGUUGGUGGCCAGAACUUGUUUGAUAGCCCUUUUGGAUCAGGUGGUUUUGGAGCACCAGCAACUAUUCAGAGUGCUCCUGCUAUCAAGGCUGUUGGAUCAGAUCCCUUUAGAGCCCCAUUUGGAAACCCCUUUGCAUGAUGACCCUUCAAAUUCAUGGAUCUCCAAACAACUCCGGUUGAAGCACAAGGUUUUCCUGUGAAGCGUUGCGUUGUCCAAUCUACAUGGCCUAACAAAGAUGGCACCCAAAAGCUCCAUUAAAGCCCUCCUACUUCAGAAACAUAGUAAAAAAUGACCUUUCAUGCAGUUCCCGAUGCCACGACGGCGGAGUGCAAAUUAACACUGAUAUUGCUUCACAUUAUAUGGCACUAAACUAGUGGUUAAUGCCGCCAGUGGCGCGAAAGCACAAACUGAACCAGAGGAGAAUGCUGAGUGUUCAUUGCACAGAUAAAAAUUACAGAAGAACAGUAAAGUGGAGUAGGUCAGCUUUGUGUUCUGUACUGCAGUAUUAUCGCUUGUGUUUUUAUUUCAUUUACUUGGCGGACACUUAUUAAUUUGCAGAUGAUUUAUCAGAAAAUAUCCUUUAAUGCGAGACUAUUUAGUGACACAUGAGUGCUAUUUUUUCAUGAUCAUUAAUCCACAUUGAAGUUUGUGGCCAAAUGGAUACAUAUAUUUCUGCAUACCAGCUGGAUUAAUGUGCGUCAUUUUAUACUUUUAAUGAUGAUGAUGGCCAGAGUACAGUCACUCCUAUGGAGAUGAUAGAAAAAUUGACAGGCUACAGCUGGCAAUCUGCUUUAUAUUGUUCUAGUAUUGAUCUGAUAAUGUCUUGGGCUGAGUGUUUUACUCCACUCUGUAUUGUACUAUUGAAAUAUUAUCAAGCUUAAUGUUCAGUUUUAUAUAAUGUGUUCAGGUGUCAUAUGUGGACACUGAUCAUCCUAAAACGUUCAUGUACUUGACAUAAGAACGUCUAUGUACGUAUAUGUGUGUAUGUAUGUAUUGCGAGAUGAUGGUCAGACACUCACUUUUCUUACCAUGUUACGUCAAGUGACAUAUCGAAGAAAACAAGUAAGCAUGGAGUGUGCUGUACACUGUGAGAUCUAAGUCGUGAUCUAAGACUUGGAUUAUCAGCGUGCCUUCACCUCAGUGACUUUAAGGCAAGGAAAGGAAGACUGAAAGACGAUCUGCCUGUACUGUACUGGAAGUCUUGUCAUAAUGACUUAUGAGUUAUGUGUGUAUGGAACUGUGUGUAUUAUGUGUGUGUCUGUGUAUAAAUAUAUAUAAAAUUUAUAUAUACUCAAUUGUGCACUAUGGCAUUUAUCUUGCAACUGUAGUUGUUACAAUAAACUGGAAUGGCAGUUAAAAGAAUGGGAUUGAAAUAUGUCCUAUUUAUCUGUAUCAAUUUAUAUUUCAACUUUUAUUGGAGUAUGUGUUUAAAUAAAGCAAUUUCUGGCUCUUUAAUAA